AUGCGUCAAUAUCACCAUACUAGUCUAUGCAAAUCGAAAGGAUAUUUAUCAUGUUUUACACUUUAUGUAAUAUGGAAUAUUUUGUGCAUAAAUUGUGAUGUAUUAGAUGAAUCCGCAUUAUUAAUCGAUUUUCCAUGUGGUCCACAUCCAAUUGAUUUAUUUCUUUCUAAAUUAUUUGAUUAUUUGGAGAAACAAGAAACAUCAUUUAUUGAAACACCGGAAACCGAUGAAAAAUUACACAUUAAAAUGACUUAUGCCAAGCUGUUGUAUGCAUUUACACCAAUGCCUAAAAGUAGUUAUUUUGUCUACAAUCAAAUUAUGCAAUCAAUCAAUGUUUGGAAUGAAUGUAUGAGUAAACAGCCAAGAUUGAAGAAAUGGUUUAAACGUAGACAUCUACUUCAAAAUGUGAAUACUAUUGUACGCCCGAAUUCAGAUACUGGCAAAACUAAUCUAUAA